ACAUAUCAUGAUGUUUUGGCGCCAUCUACGGAGAAGGUUUGUAAAUGCAGCCAGGAAGUGUUCUUGCACAACCCCUGUGUUAUUUGGCCUUUGACUGUCAAUGGCUGCCAUGAGGAAAGCACUGAUUGCUGCUGUUGUCGCUGCUUUUGCAGCAUUCGUUGGACACAGAUACUUAAAAUUAAAGGAACUGACCCUUGCCUCCAGAGAAGUGUCUGUGAAACACCUCAACUGUCAAUAUAUAAAGAAUAUAGAAUAUGGGGCAGAGGAUAUCACAGUACUCAGAGAUGGACUGGCCUUUCUAAGCACAGGGUUAAAGUAUCCUGGAGUACCAUCUUCCUCUGAUGAACCUGGAAAAUUGUUCAUUUUGGAUCUCCUGCACCCUAAACCAACUCCAGUGCAGCUCCAAAUCAAGGGAGAGCUGGAUCUCAGCUCUUUCAACCCUCAUGGCAUUAGUGCAUACACUGAUGAAGCAGAUGGUUCUGUGUACCUGUUUGUGGUCAAUCACCCUCAGCACAAAAGCCAGGUGGAGAUUUUCAAAUUUGUUGAAGAUAACACACUUGUGCACCUGAAAACUAUCACCCACUCCCUUCUGCACAGUGUUAAUGACAUAGUUGCUGUUGGAGUGGAGAGCUUCUAUGCCACAAAUGAUCACGCCUUUCCAAAUGAGGUUCUGAACCUUAUGACUACCCUCCUUGGCUUCCGCUGGUGUGAUGUGGUCUACUACAGCCCCAAGGAUGUGAGGGUGGCAGCCAGUGGCUUCCUGUCUGCAAAUGGCAUCAACAUUUCUCCAGACAAACGACAUAUCUAUGCUGCUGAUAUCGCAGGGCAUGACAUACUUGUUUUUGAGAGACAAAAGGGGGAACAAUUAGCAUUUAUCAAGUCUGUAGCUGUGGGGUCACUUUGUGAUAACAUCGAAGUGGACCACAGGACAGGUGACGUGUGGCUGGGCUGUCAUCCUAAUGCCAUGAAGUUUUUGAAUUUUAAUCCUGAAGAUCCACCUGGCUCAGAGGUCAUCGUGAUCAAGGACAUUCAUUCAGAUCAGCCAUCAGUGAGCCAAGAGUAUGCUGAUAAUGGCAGAGUGAUCAUGGCAUCCAGUGUUGCAGCUCCCUUUGAGGGAAAGUUGCUUAUUGGCAGUGUUUUCCACAAAGCUCUGUACUGUGAUUUGAAAUAACACAUUUUAAAAGCGCAUAUAUGCGCAUUCUGUAUCUCAAUGCUGUUAAAUAGUGACGCACAAUAUUAUUGGUAUGAUAUUGGUUAAGGCACAUAGCUCAAAAAAUGAAUCUGUUUUGGCGGACAUGAAAAUUUCUGCUGAUAUUUUGGCUAUUAAAAUCUGCUUAUAUCUACUGUAAAUAUUGGCCAUUUGAAUAAAUAUGUCAGUGGAGUUUUAGGCUGGACCAUCAGACCUAUGUUAGCUGAAGUCUUUGUCUUUAUUAAACAUUCCUUACACUUUCAAAUGUGAGCUGAAUCUGUUCAUUUGUUUAUCCGAAAACUUUAAGUUCAAGAACGGAAGUUUUUGCACUGUUCUAUAUUUCUGGAUAAAUUAUAAAUAAAUGGAACUUUUAAUUAC